CUGGACGACUGGCUAAUCUGUGCACCAAGCCGUCACAAGGUUCUAAGAGAUACAGAGGCUGUUAUCAACCAUGUACAAGAGCUUGGGUUCCGCAUGAAUCUCAAAAAAAGCAAUGUCGAACCACGGCAAGAGACCGUAUUUGUAGGGUUAGUUUUGAACACCUUAACAAUGACCGCAUAUCUGUCCCCACAGAGGGUAGCAAGGUUAUCUGCCCUGGCACUAUCUUUCCGCUUAGGCAAGCGGAUGGAGUUGGCACAGUUCCAAAGAUUACUGGGGAUGAUAUCGGCAGCAAUAAAGGUAGUGCCUCUGGGAUUGCUCAAAGCACGACCAUUGCAAUGGUGGAUCAACAAAUUUCAACUCCACCCAAAAUUACACAGGCGAGUGAAGUUGAAAGUCACACAGAAAUGUGUUCAGGCUCUGCGUCCAUGGAUAAGCAGCAGCAGGUUGGGUCAAGGUGUUCCUCUGGGAAAUAUACCAGCGAGGAGAAUGGUGGUGACAACCGAUGCUUCUCUGAAAGGUUGGGGGGCUGUCUGGCAAGGAAGAUCAGUCAGAGGCUCAUGGAUGUUCCCAUGGACUAUGGAACACAUCAAUGUGCUGGAGCUGAGAGCAAUCUAUCUGUCUUUGAGACACUUGAUUCCGUUCCUACAGGACAGGCAUGUCCUUGUAAGAACCGACAAUAUGUCGGCAGUUUAUUACAUCAAUCACCAAGGAGGCACCAGGUCAUUGCGCUGCCUCCAGGAAACCAGGAGACUUCUGUUUUGGGCUCACCCGAGACUCGCCUCUCUCAGGGCAAUUUACAUACCCGGAAAAGUGAACCGGGCAGCGGAUCUCCUCUCCCGAACUGGACCUCUCCCAGGGGAAUGGCGAUUACACCCGGAGGUGGUGCAUCUCAUUUGGACCCGGUUUGGGAGAGCCCACACCGACCUGUUUGCAUCAGCCGAGACAACCCAUUGCAAGAUGUGGUUCUCUCUGAGUGGCCAAGGAGGGCCUUUGGGACUGGAUGCACUGUCUCACGAGUGGCCGGGAGGUUUAUUAUAUGCUUUUCCUCCCCUACCAUUGAUUCCUCAUGUGCUCAAAAGGGUGGAUCUGGGAUGUUACAAGAUCUUACUGAUCGCCCCGAAAUGGCCAAAGAGACAUUGGUUCCCACUUCUCCUACGUCUGGUACAGGGCCAUCCAUGGCCACUACCAACCAGAACAGACCUUCUCUCUCAAGUGGAGGGACAGAUCUGGCACCCAAACCCAGCCACAUUACAACUCUGGGUUUGGCCCCUACUGAGCCCCUCUCUUGUCAGCUAGAGGAGGCAGUAAGGAGAACCAUAAAUAAUUCUAAAGCGCCUUCCACUUGGGAUAACUACUCGAGUAAGUGGCGUGUGUUCUCUAACUGGUGUCAGGACAAAAACUUGGACCCCAUGAAUUGUGUUCUCGAUUCCAUUUUAUGCUUUCUUCAGUCACUUUUAGACUCAGGAAAAAAAGUCAAUACCGUACGAGUUUAUGUGGCGGCUAUUUCCCAUUUCCACAGUAUUGUGGAAGGUUUAUCAGUUGGUAAACACAUGUUGGUUACUCAAUUUCUCAAAGGUGCACGUCGCCUCUAUCCAGACAAAAGGCUGAGAUCACCAUCCUGGGAUCUUCCCAUGGUUCUUCAGUCAUUGACUAGAGCCCCAUUUGAACCAUUGGCCCAGACGGAUCUUAAAUCACUGACGUGGAAAACAGUUUUUCUUCUUGCUAUCUGUUCAGCAAAGAGAGUGGGUGAGUUACAUUCGUUAGCAGUAAGUGAAGACUGUCUGAGAUGGAAGGCAAACUAUUCAGGGGUCUCUCUCUGGCCGAACCCGGCUUUCCUGCCUAAAGUUCUUAAUACUUGCACGAUCAAUCAAGUAAUCGAACUUGCAGCGUUUCAACCUGAUCCUGAUCUCUCUUGUACAGAACUUGAUCUUGCUACCUUAUGUCCAGUUCGAGCACUUCGCACAUACAUUGAGCGGACACAGUCGUUACGACAUUUACACACUCAGUUGUUUUUGUGUUUCGAUAAGAAAAGUAUCGGAAAACCAGCCUCGAAACAGCGCCUAUCACAUUGGAUAGUAGACACUAUUGCACACACAUACUCCAGUCAGAGCUUACCAGUCCCAGGGAACCUGGUAGCUCAUUCUACCAGGAGUCUUGCCACAUCCUGGGCAGCACUGAAGGGGGUGGCACUAACGGACAUAUGUGCAGCGGCAUCAUGGAGCUCACCUUGUACCUUUGCCCAGUAUUACAGGGUCAAUGUGGCGGACCCAGUUACGCUUGGGUCCACAAUUCUGCUCUCGGCCGCUAAGCAGGGAUGUAAAGAAGGAGAGGCUUACAUUCCCUCGUGACCUUGAUGGCACUAGUCAUCCAAGGUAAGACCGUGGUGACGGUCUGAGUGAGGUCGAAAUAGAUCGUAAGUUAUGACUAUAACUAUGGAUCUAUGAGACCGAAUGAUGACCGUCACCAUUUCUUGUCACUCGGGAUGAACUGAGGCGUUCCAGGCAAGAGGAAGUGUUCGGUUCAUCCGGAUGUUUUAUAGGGAACCAACCACUAGGGGUCAGUCACCUGACAUUGUUUACAUUAGGUCUCGAGGAGAGCUGGCAGAAUGGCGUCAUUCAAGGUAAGACCGUGGUGACGGUCAUCAUUCGGUCUCAUAGAUCCAUAGUUAUAGUCAUAACUUACGUUAUUUGUGCACAUACAUUCAUUAAGAACUAAUAAUUACAUAUGUGUGUACAUGAAGAGGUAUUUUAGUUAUUACAGCUACAUAGUUGUUCAGAUGUGAAAUUGGUAUUAUGUACAAGUACUAUAUUGGUCAGCACUGUGGAUUAUUUCAUAUAUAACUAUCAGUUAACAUCAGCAUCAAAGACAUUUAAAAACAUUUCAGCUUAAUUCAUUUUCAGCGAGUUUUUUAAAAAACAUCUGUUUGCGAUCUAAUGUGGAUUUUGUUCACCAUAUAAGACAGAAAUAUUUAUAUUCAAUGUAAAAGAUCUUCAUGUGGAUCAUGCAUACAAAUAUAUACAAAUAUCUCACUGGAUUAUUACAAUUAAUGGCAAAAUGUGUGGAAAUGUAAACUAAUAUAUCCAACUGACACACUACAGUAAAAGAUAUAAAUAAUUGGCUUAAUUAAAACAAUUUUUUUUCAGUUAGAAAAUACUAACAUGCCUAAUACUUCUGCACAGUACUGUAUAUAUUAAUAUUUUAUUAGUAGUAUUAUAAAAGAAUGAGUAUGCAGUUGUGACAAUCUAUAGAGUUUGUUUAAAGCAAGGCUGUAUGUAUUCAGUGUUUAUAUAAUGUUUAAUAACUUUGAUAUACAUGUAUAAAUAAACCUAUGUAUGUUUUUGAUUCAACAGCUUCCCCUGGAAAUCCUCAGGGAAGUUAUUUUGUCUAUUUGACACUUUCUCUGGUUUGCAGAUGGUUUAGGGUUGUGCGCCGAAGUUUUUCGGAAAGCGGCACAGUUUGCCUGGCUAGAGAUUGUGGCCAACUGGAAGAAUUGUCCUCCUGUCUCCUGACCGGAACGAGUUCAGACGGAUGUACAGCAUCAGGGAAUGCUUUAACCCACCAGGGUACAGGGAAGAGAACGGCGUGGUGAUCUUCUGGGCUGUUGUUUACACAGGAUUUUCUUCCAAGGACUGAAACACAUUUGUGUGUUAAGUUCAUUGAAGGGAAAUAGAGAAUCAACUGAGAUCAACUGGUUUUGAUGUAUUAAUUGAUGUCAUUUAAAGUUAAACUUUGCAGUGUAUAAUGUUUUAAUAACAAAUCUAUGGCAAACACGUGCAUGACAACAGGUUUCAGUCAUUUAGAGUCUAUCGUUCUUUAAGGUUUCUCAUAUUUGAUGGUAACAUCAUUUGCUAUGCAUUGCUCAUAAUGAAUUCUUAAUUUAGUUGUGACAAUUCGGUGUAAUAUUUCAAUUACCAAUGAUUUUAUAAAGUGUUUAAAGGGGUGGUUAAAUGUAUUAUGUUUUUAUAUAGAAGCGAGUAACUAAAUAAAUUCAGGAUUAAUGAGGUUUUCAGUAGUGCAGUUCAGAAAACAAAUGUUUUGUCAGCUACAAUGCACACUUUAUACAUUUUUAAUAUAUAUUAAAAUAAAAUGGGUAAUUGUCUUAAGGGAACCUGAAAAAAAAAAAAAAAAAAACUUUCACAGGAAUGUGCCUGAAAGUGAUAAACGGGCCUCAUUUUUACCUAAAUUAUUUAUUCUUUAUUUUAAUAUAUAUACAAAAUGUAUAAGGUGUGCAUUGUAGCUGACACCUAAAUUAACACAUUACAAUAGUUUUAUGACUGCAAGUCUUUCUCCUCAAAUGCUACUGACGUUAGAAAAGUGUACACCAAUAUCGCAUGUAACUUUAGAGACGGUCCCUAAAUUUGAGACUCGUCCAACGUCAAGCCAAAUUUAUGCCCGUUUUUUUUUGUUUUUUUUACUUUUAGUUUUCCUUUCUCUUCGCUGGAUUGCUGAUGUACUCUACCCGGGCAUAGAUGUUCAUCCAUCAAUUAUGAACAUUCAGCCGCAAACAUGAGGUGCGAGCGGUCGCGACCGCGGAUGGGAGAAUGGAGGAAGUUUCUUUCUUUUUUUUUUUUUUGGAGCAACUGGGGUGCCCCCUCCGGGAGUUGGUGCCCUACGCAGACUUCGUUACUCUGCGUUUAGGGAGCGACGGCACUGAACACCUUUAAUAUCGAGAUUUGAUUAAUGUUCUACUUUUGAUUUAUUCAUUCAAAUAUUGCCGAAUUCCGUGACGUUCUGCUUUAUAAGCAAGUUCCAUUUCCGCGAUUCAAUCCCUGUCUCUUUUCAAACACAAACGCGGUGAAUUUAUGAAUGAAAGUGUGAAAGUUAGUUCUGACACAAAACGAAGUUGUUACUUAUCCUCACGCUUUUUAAAAGUGAUAAUUUAUUGAUAGAUAAUCAAUUAUUACCCAGCUUUUCCUCCUGAGUCUCAGGCCGGUGACACACUGCGUGUCGUGAGCGUGACGCUUCUGCUGCGUGGCGGCUGCUUCGAGUUUUCUGUGUUUUUAUACAGUCUAUGGUCUUUACACACCUGAAUCGCUGCUGCUGCUGUAGGGGACAUAGAGGGAGACCACCGACAGACCAGGGUCUUGUCUUCAUGACUACAGUAUCUGUACUUCAUGUUGAGCAUAAAUAUAAAGCCUCCUGAUAAAGGACACCGUCAACAGUAUUGAUGGCAAAAUAGACUAUGUUUGACAGGUGUUAUACUUGAAAAUCGAAAAGUAUUAAUUUCUUUUUACAGUUCGGGAGUUCGUAGCGGGAUCGCGAAUCAUUUGAGUCAGU